AUGCCACGAACAUAUACCUUCCCCGGUGUCGCCGUCAUCACCGGAGCCGGCGGAACUGGCAUCGGCGCAGCCGUCGCAAAGAGCUUCGCCGCCGCGGGAUGCGCUCGCAUCGCCAUCACGGACCUGAACCCGAGCUCGCUGAACGACACCCAAGAAGCCAUUCUCGCGACAUCCCCCAACGUCCGCCUCCUCGCCCAAGCCGGCGACAUCUCCAACGAAAACUUCGUGGAAUCCUUCAUCGGCGCCGUGGUAUCGGAGUUCGGCCGCCUCGACUACGCAGUCAAUUGCGCCGGCGUACUAGGCGAGGCGCUGCGCUCGACCGAGACCUCGCCCGAGAUCUUCGACCGCAUCACCAACAUCAACUACCGGGGUUCGUGGCUGUGUUCGCGCGCGGAGCUGAGACAGAUGAUCGCGCAGGACCCCCUGCCCGGCCAGGAUGAUCCGGCGGCGGCGGCGGCGCGCGAGGGCCCGCGCGGGGCGGUCGUCAAUAUUGCCAGCCAGCUGGGCAUCGUGGGACGUCCUGGGGCGCCGGCGUACUGUGCUUCCAAGGCGGCCAUUAUCGCGAUGACCCGUUCUGACGCCAUUGACUACGCGCAAGAGGGGAUCAGGGUCAACUGCGUGUGUCCCGGCGUGAUCGAGACUCCCAUGACCACAACCAGCGAGGAAGUCCGGGAACGACUCCGGCCGGCCGUCGACAUCGCGCCCAUGAAGCGGAUGGGCAAGCCCGAGGAGGUGGCUGAUGCAGUGCUCUUCCUCUGCUCGACCUUUGCGUCCUUCGUACAGGGACAUGCGCUUGUGGUAGAUGGAGGGUAUAUUAUCAACUAA